AUGAGAGAGGGUAGACGCCGUAUUGAGCAUGAGAAGCAGAAAAAACAACGCCAACACCGUUAUCAGCAACAACAACGUCAUCAUCAUAAGACUGAUUCCAGAUCAAGCACAGGAUCAAGUGCCGAUUCAGAUAUACGGAGACAGGGGACACCCCCUGUUGCUGUCGUUCCUCCCCCUGUAUCUUACGGGAGCCAGAACCCAAGUACUUCCUCCAUACCACUACCGUCAUCGCAAUCACAAAUACCUCUAAGAAACCAGUAUUCGUAUAUACCGUCGCAUGGAGAUUCACCUAGGGCACAUCCACCAACAUUAAAUAGGGUUAAACCACCUCCAAUGGUCGCAAGCUCUACACCACCAAUAGCAUCUGCCGCCAGAUUACCUAAUUCUCCGCCUAUGGGAAGUACACCAAGUAGCGGAGGAUCUAGGAGUUCUGGUGAUAUGAUGGAGGAGACUAAAAACAUUCAAAUUGCCACACAGCUUUUCCAUAACCAUGAUAUUAGGCAGAAGGGUCGAUUGACCGCAGAAGAAUUGCGCAAUCUUUUACAGAACGACGACUCUACGCAUUUUUGCAUCUCAGCUGUGGAUGCUCUGAUAAACCUUUUCGGAGCUACCAGGUUUGGCACCAUCAGCCAAGCAGAAUUUGUUUCUCUUUACAAAAGGGUCAAGUAUUGGCGUAAAGUUUAUGUCGAUAAUGAUAUUAACGGAUCGUACACCAUUUCAGUAAUGGAAUAUCACAAUUCGUUGCAAGAAUUAGGAUAUUUAAUCCCUUUUGAAGUCAGUGAAAACAUUUUUGAUCAAUAUGCAGAAUUUAUCAAUUCAACUGUAAAUGGGAAAGAAUUGAAAUUUGAUAAAUUUGUAGAAUCACUUGUGUGGUUAAUGAGACUUACAAAAAGUUUUAGAAAGUACGAUAUGAACCAGGAAGGUAUUGCAACAAUUCAUUACAAAGACUUUAUCGAUACGGUUCUGUAUCUAGGACGUUUUCUACCUCAUUAA